GAUAUAAAGUAACUGGUCAUGGCGCAAGCCAUUUUCAGUCGGGAAUAUUUUGUUAAAAUGAAACAAUUCAGUUAUAUUUUGCUCUCGGGGGUUGUCCUGCUUGGGUUUUUGCAAGCAAACAGUGGCUAUACGCUCACUCGCGUCCAUCGCCAAUCGGGUUCCCCAGCGGAAAGUGAAACUGAAGGAAGCGACAGUCGAGCAGGGAUUCCUGGACUGAGUGAAAUUCAAGCAGCAAUCGAUGCGGCCCAAUUUUUGAUCUCGAUUGGCCAGCAAGUGAUCCCUGCUAUUCUGCAGAGCCUGACAUCGCAAGCGACAAUGGAUCGCAUGAGUGAAUCUCAACGAACGCAGCUGUUCGAGAUCAUCCGAAAGGGCAUUGAAGUAAUGGCCAUGAACCAUCAAAUGCUAUAGUGCCUUAGAUUUUUAGAAUACUUGUACUACAUUUUCCUACUUAAUAUCCAAGUACAUAUUCCGGGGACACAAAGUUGAAUGAGUAGCAUCAUUUUAUAUUCCAGUGCAAUGAACAUCUUCUUGUUACAGAUCACACGCAAUUGGUUCACUUCCAAAUAUAUUGUUGAAUUCGGAAGAACAGUGAAAAGAUGUUUAUCCAAAGUACCUAAAAAAAAUUUUCAAACAAUUUGUGGAUACGACCAAUAAUCCUAGUGGAUAGAUGGCUUAGCAAUCAAUAACGAACAAGCAUAUAACUCUUGGACAUUUUGUCUUUCGAAUGGAGUGAUUAGAUUCAAAACUUUGCACUCCAAGCGUCACACUCUCAUUUUCGAUACUUUGAACUUACACCCCGGUACAGAAAUGAAAGUCCUACGUCAAAAACUGAUAAUUGGUAGAAGCCAAUUCUGAUGAGAAAGCCGCAUGAGAUAGAACUUCCCAACUGAGUGCUUCCGAAAAAAUGAUCCGAUGUUGUUUCUAGAGGUGUAUAAAUUUUUAGUUUUCUCGAUUAAGGAUUUAUCGUUGGGGCAUUCUACAAUGAUCGAUUCAUCCGAAUAAUUAUCAUUAAGUAUUCGAUUAAUCGAACGAAUAUUUGUUGCACAGGCAUCUAUAAGGCCUUGUUCUCACUGCAGCGGGGCGUCAGCGUGGCUUGAGCGUGGCGUGUGACGCUUACGAUUAAUCGUGUGUGUUCUUUGUAUUUGUUUCGUUUGUUUUGAUCUUUGUUACGUACAAAGAUCAAAACAAACGUAGAUCAAUUCACUUAUCAGACUGUUUGGCGCUUCACUGACACGAUUCUUAGAAUACAUUUGAAAAAAAAAUAACAAUUCAAUACUGAAGUUAAAUGUAUAGCGGUGACAUUUGAAAGCAUAAUGACAGCUGAACAUGGCCGACAACGCAGAAAUCCGGAUUUUUUGAUUUUCGGGCAUCAAUAUCGUGACAUUUCAUAUGGAUGCAUGAUAUUGACGUUUUACCUCACGGACUUCCAGACUGAGCUGCCAGAUUUGCAAGCGGACAUUUAAUUUUUGUUAGCCUUUUUUUGCGAUUGCAAUUAAAAUUUAUAAACUUCUGAAAUUGUAGGAAUCAUAAAUGAAAGCACUACAGGUCUGUCCAAUCAGAA